UCGAGUCUGUAAAUACGUGAUUUGGGUGAAGUCCAACGCAGACAAUUUUACUGUAAUUCGGUGGGCGCAGUGUUAAGAUUUAAAGCCACAAAAAAACAUUCGAAAUUAACGCGAAAUUAAGACGACUUAAUGCGUGGUGGUUCCAGAGUUCUUUCAAUUGCGACGAACAAAUUUUCAUUCGUUGAUAACGGCAUAGUCUGUAAACUAUGUGCUAUCGUAAUUCCAUAGACGAUAACAACCUCUAACAUUACACACUGUGUGCGACAAUAUGAACAUUUUCCACCUAAUUUGUCUGGCUGUUUUGCUGCACCGAAAGUUCAUCAGUUGUCAAGAUGUAAUACACCAACUAUGUGUCCCGAUAAAACCAAUAAUCCCAUCGGAGAUUGUUGAUGCAGUAGAUGAUGAAGCGAACAACAACAACAAUGUCACACCAGCCAACCGUUCAACAAGUGAUAAUUUAUAUUGCGAAUGUGUAAUGGAAAAUUCUUCGCAGGGGGGACUACUUGUCAUGCAUAUUCACUGUGAAAAUCGGAAAUUUAAAAAUGAAAAUUUUGCUGCCGAGGUAUUACCAACAGUCACGAAUUCGCUGGAUAUGUCGUGGAAUGAAUUCCAAUUUGUACCGAACUUUGUUGGAUAUGAUUUGAGUACGUUGGAUAUGUCGCACAAUGCUAUCACCGUAAUUGAUGACAAUAAUUUUGCGAAAGUGAAAAACUUAUCGGAACUGAAUUUGAGUUGGAACAAAAUUGAGGCACUUUCGAUAAAUGCAUUCGCACGUUUGGGCAAUCUGUUGAAAUUGGAUCUGUCCAGAAAUUUGCUACAAAAAAUCACGAACAAUGUUUUCUCCACAUUGCCGUCGAUGACACACUUAAUAUUAUCGCGCAAUCGAUUUCUGAAUGAGACAUUUUCCGUGAACGAUGUCGACUUGUACAUCAGUCUAGGUGUGUCAACGAAGUUGAAUAUACUUGAAAUAGAAGAUGCCAAUCUGGAUACGAUAGACCUGUUGCAGGGAGUCGGACUUAAAGUUGCCAAAUUCAGAUGCAACCAAUUCGAACUUUUCCCCAGCAUUCCACGGUCCAUUGAAAUCUUGGAUUUGAGCGAGAAUCCGCUGCGAACUUUGGAAGCGAAAGUUAUUCCUCAUUUGAACGACUUGGAAGAAAUAUAUUUGAAUGACAUGCCCCGACUUAGUUCAAUUCAGGAGUACGCGUUCUUCGGACUGCCCAAGUUGAGAACCGUAAGUCUUGAGGGUUCGUGGAAAUUGACAUUCUUUAGUGGCGAGGCUUUUGGUGACUAUGACGUGCUGAAUGGAUCCGUAACUAGUUUAGAGGUUCUGAAUCUACGUGGAACUAGUCUGAAGUACAUUGACGAAACGUUGGUCACCGCUCUGGACAAAAUCAAAAAGUUCGAUUUGAAUGGAAAUCCGUUGAUUUGUAACUGUGAUGUGAGGUGGAUAAAGGAUAUUGGCUUGGAGACAAAUGGUAGAUGCUACCUGCCGCAAGAUUUACGAGGAGAAUUACUUACCGAAAUCUCAGACUCGGAUCUUAAAUGCCGGCGAUGGAGUGCAUGGGUGUACAAAACGUUGAACGGAUUGAUGAUUCUGCUGUUGUUAAUACUAUGUGGAGUGGCUACAUGGUUAAUUGUGAUGGGAUUGAGACCGUCUCGCCGAGUUCACUUACAGAAAGUGGGUGCAGCUAGUCCUUACGCUCGCGUGACAAUUGAACCGAACAGAGCCGAUGAUUUGCAUUAGAAUUAAGUGGUAAUACCGGUACGUCUAAUCAGUUGCCUUUUAUUGCUCAGACACAUUUUCAAAACAAAAAUAAAUAAUUUUGUACAAUCAA